AUGGCUGACGAUCCAACAUCUACUCUUGAGGGAGAAGCUUUGGCUCAAAAUACUAGUAAUACUCCUGUCUUCGAGCCUACAAUUCUUAAAGAAUAUUUAAAUAAACUCCUUCCAUUGGUCUUGGGGGCUGAAGAAAAAGACUUGGAGGACUCUUUAUGGUCAAUUCCAGAGAAUCUUGAAAAAUUAAAUCGUUUCGCUAACGAUUCUCAAAUUAGCGCUUUGUAUAUAACAAAGUCAAAGGAAGACAAAAAAGAAGAAGAUGAUCCAUUAGUGGUCUCAUAUGUAUAUACUAUCUCGCAAGAAAUCAUUUAUCGUCUAAAUAAUGUCGCAUCUGUCGCUAUCAUCAAGCAUUCAUCAAACUUAGAUCCUAAUCGUCCUGUACAAUCUCAAGUUCAAUUCAUAAAUUUGCCUGGUCCAGCGUCAAGUGAAUCUGGAUCUGCUAACGUGAGCCCAUAUGAAGCUCUUCAUUCUUGUAUUCAUCAUGCCGUUGCACCAUACUUCGAUGCUUAUGUUAACGCUAAAGGUGGUAGUACUGAAGGUGUUGGGAGCAAUAAAAAACAUGAUGAUAAUAAAAUGGGUAUUCCAAUGACUAAAAAGAAGAUUGCCGAAUUGGAAUUAGCUCUCGUUCAUUUACAACAAAAUGUUGAAAUUCCUGAAAUAUCUCUUAAUAUCCACCCAGUCGUUCAAAAGGCUGUUGAAAAGAGUAAACAAGAAGGCAGGAGAACAAAUGUUGAUUUUAUCGAUCCUGCAUUACUUAGUGAUACUACUUUCUUGAAUAAACUUCAAAGCGACGUAAACGGUUGGAUUAAGGAGAUCCAAAAAGUAACAAAAUUAUCACGUGAUCCUGCAAGUGGCACUGCUAUGCAAGAAAUAAAUUUCUGGCUUAGUAUGGAAACUGCUCUUGAAGGUGUUGACGAACAACUUAAAAGCGAUCAAAUUGUUUUGACAUUGGACAUUCUCAGACAUGCCAAACGUUUCCACGCCACAGUAUCAUUUAUUGCUGAUACAGGAUUAAAGGAAGCAAAAGAAAAAGUGCACAAAUACAACCAAUUAAUGAAAGACUUUCCUCUCGGUGAAUUGCUAUCUGCUCCUGAUGUGGUGAAAAUUCAAGAUGCAUUAAAUGUUGUUUUUGUCCAUUUCACCAAGAAAAUGAGAUUAUCUCCAUAUCCUAUCAAGAAAGCCCUUGCUCUUGUUGAGGCCAUUUCUCGUGAUUUAAAUGAAGUAUUAUUAAAGGUUUUGGGUAGUCGUCGUUUAAUGUACAUGGAAUAUGAUGAAUUUGAAAAAGUUAUGACCGGUGCUGAAAAUGUUUUUAAAACCUGGGAUGAAAUGAUCAAGGAAUUUACCAAUGUAGCACGUGACGUUAUGCGCAAACGUUCUGAUAAAUUCAUUCCAAUUAAAAUAAAUCCUGCUCAUGAUAAAUUACAAGAACGUGUUACUUUCGUUAGAAAUUUUAGAAAACAACACGAACAACUUCAUCAAACAAUUGUUAAAGUCAUGACUCAACCAAAAAGUGCCACAAAAAUUGUUGUCGAAGGUGAAAAUAACGUAGUUCAGCAAGAAGAAGGUGUUAGCAUGAAUGAUAUCAAUUCUAUGGAAGAAGUAAAAAUAGCAUAUGAAAGUGUAAAGGACAUUGAUGUAUUAGAUGUUUCUAUUGAAGGCACAGAAAUCUGGAUGCAAGCUGAAAAUGCAUAUAAUGAUCGUGUUUCAAGAGUAGAAAACCAAAUUAUUGCAAGUCUACGAGAUCGACUUGGUACAUGCAAAAAUGCUAAUGAAAUGUUUCGUGUGUUCUCAAAGUUCAAUGCUUUGUUCGUUAGACCUAAGAUUCGAGGUGCUAUUCAAGAAUAUCAAAAUGAACUUAUCGACAGAGUUAAAAAAGAUAUAUCUAAACUUCAUGAAAAAUUCACUCAACAAUAUCGAAAAUCUGAAGCGAAUCAUAUGGCUCAGCUUCGCGAUCUUCCUGCUAUCUCUGGUGCUAUGAUUUGGGCUCGUCAAAUUGAAAGACAAUUACAAACUUAUAUGAAACGUGUUGAGGAUGUUCUUGGUAAAGGUUGGGAAAUGUAUGCUGAAGGUCAAAAAUUACAAGUUGAAAGCAAUAACUUUAAAAAGAAAUUAGAUACAAGACCGGCUUGGCAAACAGACAUUUCUAAUCGUCGUGAUUUGAACGUAACGGGAAGAUUAUUUGAAAUUACACGAAAUCGUGCUCAGGGAAAUAUUCUUCAAUUAGGUGUAAAUUUUGAUCCACAAAUAAUUACUUUAUUUAAAGAAGUGCGUAAUUUAUUAUGGUUAAAUCAUCAAGUACCACACAAUAUAAGUACUAGCGCAAAAGUUGCCAAACGUGUAUAUCCUUUCGCUGUAAGUCUUAUGGAGACAGUUAGAACUUAUGCUCAAACAGUGCAAAAGGUUCAAAAACAUCCUGAUGUUGUCAUGUUGGUAGCCAGCUAUCGUAACGGUGUACAAGUUAUGAUUGCUAAAGGUAUUACUUUUGAAUGGAAAUACUUUGUAGACACUUAUGAUCGUAAUUUCCGUGGAGCGUUAGAUUCUCCUGAAAAUCAACAUGUUACUUUUGUUCGAGAAUUUGCAAAUACUGUAUCGGAAUUUCAAGAUAAAGUUGAUGCUUUGAUUGCUGAUUAUGAAAAUAUUUCACGUCUAAUUGAAGAUUUAAAAACUUGCGCAUAUCAAAUGAAAAAACUCAAUUCAAAUUUGGAAAAAAUUCAAAAAUUGAUUGAUAGACUUAAUCUCGAAUCUUACUCUAAUCUUGACGCUUGGGUUGCACAACUUGAUAAAAGAAUCGAAACUGUCUUGUCUCAACGAUUACAACAUGCUAUAACUUCAUGGACAACAGAAUUUAUGUCCUCUAAUGAAGAUUCUAUUAAUAUCACUGAACCAAUCUCUCAUGAAUCUUCAGUUAGUAAAGUUUUGAAGAGUACUAGACGUAGAAAUGUUAGAAAUGAUUCUAUUGAUGGUGAAAGACCAUUAACUGCAAAAGCCGAAAAACCUGUGCUCGAUCAUUCUAUUCAUAUAGUGCGUAUUAAAAAUCAAGUAAUUUAUCUAGAUCCACCAAUUGAGGAUGCUAGAACUAAAUGGUAUAAUCAACUACACGAAUGGCUUUCGAUUGUGUGCAAUUUACCAAGAGUUCAAGGUUCACGUUAUGAUAUUGAUCUACAUGUUAGAGGAUCCAGUGUUUCUCGGGAGACCACUUAUUCCAACUUACUAGCACAAAUUCCCGACGGUUCACUAGAAAAAGCAUAUAAUGUCAUUGAAGCCAAAUUGAAAGAAGUAUCUGAAUAUGUUAACAAAUGGUUCCAAUUUCAGUCAUUAUGGGAUCUCGAACCUAAUCAUAUUUAUGAUCGACUUGGCGAUGAUCUCAAUAAAUGGAAACAAAUUUUAUCGGAAAUCAAAAAAUCACGUACAACAUUUGAUAAUUCAGAUGUUGAACGUUCCUUUGGUUUUAUUGUUGUAAAUUAUGAACAAGCGCAAAGCAAAGUUAAUGCUAAAUAUGAUCAAUGGCAACGUGACGUUCUUGCUAGAUUUGGUAUUAAACUUGGUGAUUGCAUGAAAGAAUUUCACGCUGAUGUUUCAAAUUCUCGUAAAGAGCUUGAAAAUAAAUCUAUGGAAAGCAAUAAUACAAGUGAAGCUGUUGCUCUGAUUACUUUUGUGCAAGACCUCAAACGUAAAGUUAACAAAUGGAACUUGGAUGUUGAGAUAUUCCGGGAAGGACAAAAAACUUUGGAGCGACAAAGAUAUCAAUUUCCAAGUGAUUGGCUACAUAUUGAACAAAUUGACGGUGAAUGGAGUGCUUUUAACGAAAUUUUAAAUAAAAAGAACAACCAAAUCCAAGAUCAAAUCGAUGGAUUGAAAUUGAAGAUUGUUGACGAAGAUAAAAAAGUGGAAGAUAAAAUUAAAAAGAUUGUUGAUGAAUGGAAAACUAGUAAGCCAAUACAAGGAGAUAUCAAACCAGACAUUGCUACAAAUACUCUUCAAAUUUACGAAGGUCGUGUUACUCGUCUUAAGGAUGAAUAUGACAUGGUUUGUCGUGCAAAAGAAGCACUUGACAUGGCCUUGGCUUCUGAAGAUAGUUUAGAUAUUGUUCUUGAAGAACUUAAAGACCUCAAAUCAGUUUGGAGUUCUCUUUCAAAUGUUUGGCAAUCAAUUAAUGAAUUAAAGGAAACCUUGUGGUCUUCGGUAGUUCCACGAAAAAUUCGACAACAAUUGGAUAACCUACUUAAUUCCAUUAAAGAAAUGCCCGGUCGCAUACGUUCAUAUGAAGCAUUUAAUUAUGUACAAGAUACUGUCAAAACCUACCUUAAAAUUAAUCCAGUUCUUUCCGAACUCAAAUCUGAAGCAUUGAAAGAACGUCAUUGGAGGCAAUUAUUUAAGGCUCUUAAAAUUGAAGGCCGUUUCCAUUUAGCCGAAAUGACAGUUGGUCAUGUUUGGGAUUUCGAUCUUAAGAAAAAUGAACAAACUAUAAAAGACAUUGUAGUCCAAGCCACUGGAGAAAUGGCUUUGGAAGAAUUCUUGAAACAAGUGAAAGAAACUUGGACUUCAUAUGUCCUAGAACUUGUAAAUUAUCAAAAUAAAUGUCGUCUUAUCAAGGGAUGGGACGAACUCUUUACUAAAUGUAGUGAAAAUCUCAAUUCCUUGACUGCAAUGAAAAUGUCACCUUAUUACAAAGCAUUUGAGGAAGAUGCUUCAUCAUGGGAGGAUAAAUUAAACAGAGUUCAUGUCUUAUUUGAUGUUUGGAUUGAUGUUCAACGUCAAUGGGUAUAUUUAGAAGGAAUCUUUAGCGGAAGCGCGGACAUUAAACAUUUGCUUCCAGUUGAAACUCAACGUUUUUCAUCUAUAAACACUGAAUUCUUGACUGUUAUGAAAAAAGUGUACAAAUCUCCAUUUGUUCUAGAUGUUCUAAACAUUCCAAAUGUUCAAAAGUCAUUGGAGCGUUUAGCUGAUCUAUUGGCAAAAAUUCAAAAGGCACUUGGUGAAUACCUUGAACGUCAACGUUCUACUUUCCCCCGUUUCUAUUUUGUGGGUGACGAAGAUUUACUUGAAAUUAUUGGUAAUAGUAAAGAUGUCGUUCGUAUUCAAAAACAUUUCAAAAAAAUGUUUGCUGGCGUUUCCAAUAUCAUUCUUAAUGAAGACUGUAGUAUUAUUCUUGGUAUGUCAUCACGAGAAGGCGAGGAAGUUCCUUUCAAAACUCAAAUAAAAAUCAGUGACUAUUCACAAACUCAAAUGCGUAUUUCACUAGCAGAAUGCUUAAAAGAUGCUGUAAAUGAACUGAAUACUUUCUAUCUAGCUGAAGAAUUAGUUACAAAGACAUUUUUGGAAUGGAUUGAAAAGUAUCCAGCACAAUUAGUUGUAGUCGCAGCGCAAAUUAUUUGGACUCAAUCAGUUGAAAAAUCUCUGGAACAAUUUAGCAAAGAUGAAGAACCAUUAAGCGGUUCUCUUAAGUAUGUGCUGCGUGCUUUGGAUGUUUUAGCAGAUACUGUACUUCAAGAUUUGGUCUCUACACAACGUAAAAAAUGUGAACAUUUGAUCACUGAACUUGUGCAUCAACGUGAUACUAUCCGUCAAUUGCAACGUGAUAAAAUUUCUUCUCCUAAGGACUUUGCAUGGCUAUAUCACAUGAGAUUUUAUUUCAAUACUACUAUUGAAGAUCCGCUAUUACGUUUAUCCAUCCAUAUGGCAAAUGCUCAAUUUUAUUACGGCUACGAAUACCUUGGUGUGCCCGAUCGUUUGGUGCAAACACCACUUACUGAUAGAUGUUAUUGUACUCUUACACAAGCGCUUGAAGCCAGAUUGGGUGGCUCUCCAUUUGGAACCGGCAAAACUGAAUCCGUAAAGGCACUCGGUGUUCAGUUGGGAAGAUUUGUACUCGUAUUCUGUUGUGAUGAAAAUUUCGAUUUCCAAGCUAUGGGUCGUAUCUUUGUCGGGCUUUGUCAAGUCGGUGCUUGGGGAUGCUUUGACGAAUUUAAUCGUCUUGAAGAAAGAAUUUUAUCUGCUGUUUCUCAGCAAGUACAAACCAUUCAACUUGGUCUUAAGGCUGUUACAGAUGAUCCAAAUGCAGAAGUGGAAAUUGUUGGCAAAAGUCUAAAAGUUAACCCCAAUACCGGUAUCUUUAUUACUAUGAAUCCUGGUUAUGCUGGUCGUUCCAAUUUACCUGACAACUUGAAGAAACUCUUCCGUAGCAUGGCUAUGACAAAACCAGAUCGUGAAUUAAUUGCACAAGUAAUGUUGUAUUCUCAAGGCUUCCGAACUGCAGAAACUCUUGCUUCAAAGGUUGUCCCGUUAUUCAACCUUUGUGCCGAACAACUUUCUCCACAAGCGCAUUACGAUUUUGGUCUUCGUGCUCUUAAAAGUGUGCUAGUUAGUGCCGGUAAUCUUAAACGUGAACGCCUUCAAAUACUUAGAGAAAGCAAUUCAGACAAAUCUGAAUAUACCAGGAUUUCAGAGUCUACACCCGAGCAAGAGAUUUUGAUUCAAAGUAUUCGCGAAACUAUUGUUCCAAAAUUGGUAUCAGAUGAUAUUCCUCUUUUAACUAGUUUGCUUGCUGACGUCUUCCCAGGCGUUGAGUAUGCGCCGGUAGACCUUGAUAAACUUACAGCAGAGAUUAAGAAUGUUUGUAAUGAAAGAUGCCUUCUUGAUGGUGAAAUGUGGCUAGAAAAAGUUCUUCAACUUUAUCAAAUUCAAAAUAUUCAUCAUGGUCUUAUGAUGGUCGGACCAUCUGGCUCUGGUAAAUCAAUGGCAUGGAAAGUAUUGCUUCAAGCAUUGGAGCGAGUUGAAGGGCGCGAAGGUGUUUCGUACGUUAUUGAUCCUAAGGCUGUGUCCAAAGAUGCCCUCUAUGGUAAUUUAGAUCAAACAACUCGUGAAUGGACGGAUGGUUUGUUCACUCAUAUUUUACGUAAAAUCAUUGACAAUGUUCGUGGUGAAAAACUUAAAAGACAUUGGAUUAUAUUUGAUGGUGAUGUGGAUCCUGAAUGGGUUGAAAAUUUAAAUUCUGUAUUGGACGACAAUCGAUUAUUAACUCUCCCUAAUGGUGAACGUUUAAGUCUUCCAAAUAAUGUCCGUAUUAUGUUUGAAGUAGAAAAUCUAAAAUAUGCCACAUUAGCUACUGUCAGUCGUUGUGGUAUGGUGUGGUUCUCUUCGGAAGUGGUUACUCUUGACAUGAUUUAUUAUAAUUAUUUGGAAACUCUGAAAUCCGUUCCUUUGGAUGAAAAUGAAGAAGAAAGUUCCUCUACUCAUAGAGUUGAAGGAGAAGAAACUAUCUCUCCACAUCUUAGUACACAACGUGACAUUGCCAAUAUUCUUGGUAGACAUAUGACUGAAGAAGGAUUAGUCACAAGAACUCUUAUACAGGCAGAAAAAUUAGAACAUAUUAUGGACUUUACUUAUAUGCGCGUGUUGAAUACAUUAUUCUCUUUAUUAAACAAAACUGUACGUAAUGUAAUCGAAUACAAUAUACAACAUCCCGAUUUCCCAAUGACAGCAGAGCACUUAGAUGGUUAUGUGACUAAGCGCCUAGUUCUUGGCGUUAUUUGGAGUUUCUCUGGGGAUGCUAAAUUAGAUUACCGUGCUCAGCUAGGCGAUUUUGUUCGUGGAAUAGCUACAGUGGAUUUGCCUCCUGCGCAAGUAGGUUCAACUCUCAUCGAUUAUGAUGUUCAAAUCGCUAAUGGUGAAUGGGUUUCAUGGACUGGCAAAGUUCCAACUAUUGAAAUUGAAACUCAUACGGUAUCUGAGGCUGAUGUGGUUGUUCCUACAGUUGAUACUGUUCGUCAUGAAGAAAUAUUGUACUCCUGGCUUUCAGAACACAAACCUCUUUUAUUAUGUGGUCCUCCUGGAUCCGGAAAAACCAUGACAUUAUUUAGUGCUCUUAGAAAAUUGCCAGAUAUGGAAGUUGUCGGUCUCAACUUUUCCAGUGCAACCACCCCCGAAUUGAUUUUAAAAACAUUUGAGCAAUAUUGUGAAUAUCGUAAGACUCCAACUGGAGUAAUUUUAUCCCCCGUUGCCAUUGGUCGCUGGAUUGUGGUAUUUUGUGAUGAAAUCAAUCUUCCUGCAAGUGAUCAGUACGGCACUCAACGUGUUAUCUCAUUUUUAAGACAAUUGAUUGAAUGUGGUGGUUAUUGGAGAACAUCUGAUAAAGCAUGGGUUAAAUUGGAACGAAUACAAUUUGUCGGAGCUUGUAACCCCCCAACAGAUCCUGGACGUGUGCCGUUAACUCAUAGAUACCUUCGUCAUGCUCCUUUAGUGAUGGUUGAUUAUCCUGGUGAAAUUUCCCUUAAUCAGAUUUACGGAACAUUUGCUCGGGCCAUGUUAAAAGUUGUUCCCUCACUUCGAAUGUAUGCUGAACCGCUUACAGCUGCGAUGGUCGAAUUUUAUCUUAUGUCCCAAAAACAUUUUACUCCCGAUAUGCAAGCACAUUACAUUUACUCUCCUCGUGAAUUGACCAGAUGGAUGCGAGGUAUUUUUGAGGCAAUUAAGCCUUUGGAAACCCUUUCUCUUGAAGGUUUGGUUCGGAUUUGGGCGCAUGAAGCUUUGCGAUUAUUCCAGGAUCGUCUUGUUACUGAAGACGAAAGAAAAUGGACGGACGAAAACAUUGAUUCCACUGCCAUGAAACACUUUCCAAGUUUGAACUCAUCCGAAUCAUUGAAUCGACCAAUUCUAUUUUCUAACUGGUUGUCCAAACAUUAUAUCCCUGUUGAACGUGAAGAAUUGCGUGACUAUGUUAAAGCCCGUCUCAAAGUCUUUUAUGAAGAAGAAUUAGACGUACCAUUGGUCUUGUUUAAUGAUGUCUUAGAUCAUGUUCUUCGUAUUGAUCGAGUGUUUAGACAAAUGCAAGGACAUUUACUUUUAAUUGGUGUAAGUGGAUCUGGUAAGACUACUUUGUCUAGGUUUGUUGCUUGGAUGAAUGGAUUAAGCGUCUUCCAAAUUAAAGCACAUAACAAGUAUACUGGUGAUGAUUUCGAUGAAGAUUUAAGAACAGUCUUAAGAAGGGCUGGCUGUAAAGGAGAAAAAAUUUGUUUUAUAAUGGACGAAUCAAACGUAUUAGAUUCGGGUUUCUUGGAGCGUAUGAAUACACUUCUUGCUAAUGCAGAAGUUCCCGGAUUAUUUGAGGGUGAUGAAUAUAAUGCGUUAAUGACAAGUUGUAAGGAGGGUGCUCAGAAAGAUGGGUUAAUGUUAGACUCUCCUGAAGAAUUAUACAAAUGGUUUACACAACAAGUAAUGAAAAACUUGCACGUUGUAUUUACAAUGAAUCCUCCGGAAGGUGGCCUUGCUUCUCGCGCAGCAACAUCUCCUGCUCUUUUCAACCGUUGUGUUUUAGAUUGGUUUGGUGAUUGGUCAGAUCAAGCUUUCUUCCAAGUAGGCAUGGAAUUCACCCAAAAUUUGGACUUGGACCUUCAGACAUAUUCACCCCCCAGCAACUUUCCUACUGCGUAUAGAUUAUUACCACCUCAACCUUCACAUCGUUCUGCCAUUGUAAAUGCAUUUGUUUUUGUUCAUCAAUCCCUUUACGAAAUUAAUGCAAAAUUGAGCAAACGUCAAGGUCGUUAUAAUUAUGUAACGCCACGACAUUAUUUGGACUUUAUUAACCAUUAUGUACGAUUAUUCAAUGAGAAACGCGAAGAUCUUGAGGAACAGCAGCGUCAUUUGAACAUUGGGUUAGAUAAAUUAAAAGAAACUGUGACUACUGUUGAUCAACUUCGUAGCGAUUUGGCCAUAAAGAAUGCAGCGCUUCAAGAAAAGGAUAAGGAAGCUAACGAAAAGUUUCAGAGAUUACUUGUUGAUCAAGGCGAAGCUGAAAAACGUAAGAAGGCAUCAGAAGAAAUUUCGAAAGCCCUCGAGGUUCAAACCAAACAAAUUGAAGAACGUCGUGAAGUAGUAAUGAAUGAUUUAGCUAACGCUGAACCAGCUGUUGAAGACGCUAAAAAGAGUGUAAGAGGUAUUACUAGACAACAUCUUACAGAAGUGCGUUCAAUGAACAAUCCUCCUGAAGCAGUGAAAAUGGCGAUGACUUCUGUUUGUCUUUUGCUUGGCCGCAAAGCUGAAACUUGGCAACAAUUGCAAGCAAUCAUCAGAGGUGAUGACUUUAUUAAUAGUAUUGUUCAAUAUGAUACCAACAGACUGACCAAAAAUGUGCGAGAAAAAAUUAAAUCAGAAUAUCUUCAAAAACCUACUUAUAACUUUGAACUUGUGAACAGGGCUAGUAAGGCAUGUGGUCCUUUGGUUAAAUGGGUAAUUGCCCAAGUUAGUUAUUCAGAUAUUUUGGAUAGAGUUGGUCCUAUGCGUAAGGAAAUGGAAGACUUAAAAGAAGAACAAAAGAAAACUCAACAACAGGCUGAGAGUCUGCAACAAAUGAUCAAAGAAUUAGAACAGAAAAUAGCAAUAUAUAAGGACGAAUAUACAGAAUUAAUUAAAGCUAAAGAAGCUAUUAAAGACGAUAUGAACCAGGUUAAGAGCAAAGUAGAUAGAAGUAUGACUCUACUUGCUAGUCUAUCAUCUGAAAAGGAAAGAUGGGAGUCUGGUAGUCAAGCAUUUGAAACGCAGAUGGGAACAAUUGUAGGUGAUGUAGUACUUUCUGCAGCAUUUCUCGCCUAUGGUGGAUAUUUCGAUCAGCAAUAUCGUGAAAUAUUACUUCAAAAGUGGACAAAUCAUUUGAUCGACGCCAAAAUUCAAUAUAAGCCAGAACUUUCGUUGACAGAAUAUUUGUCAACAGCUGAUGAUCGUCUUUCAUGGCAAGCAAAUUCUCUCCCGGCUGACGACUUAUGUACUGAAAAUGCCAUUAUGCUUAAGAGGUUCAACAGAUAUCCACUCAUUAUUGACCCAUCUGGUCAAGCUUCUUCAUUUUUAAAGAAUGAAUUUAAAAACAAAAAAAUUACUGUCACUAGUUUCUUAGAUGAUUCAUUUAUUAAGAACUUAGAAAGCGCUCUUCGUUUCGGUAAUCCGUUACUCAUUCAAGAUGUUGAACAUCUUGACCCUAUUUUAAAUCCUGUUCUUAACAAAGAAUUGCGCCGUACUGGCGGUCGUGUUUUAAUAAGGUUGGGAGGACAAGACAUUGAUUUCUCACCAUCAUUUACACUUUUCCUUUCAACCCGUGAUCCUUCUGUGAAUUUCCCUCCAGACGUGUGCAGUAGAGUAACAUUCGUUAACUUUACCGUGACACGUAGUAGUUUACAAAGUCAAUGUCUUAACCAAGUUCUUAAAGUUGAACGACCUGAUACUGAUCAGAAACGAACAGAUUUAGUCAAACUUCAGGGUGAAUUUAAACUGAGGUUAAGACAUCUCGAAAAAUCUCUCUUGCAGGCUUUAAAUGAAUCAGAGGGUAAUAUUUUGGAUGAUACUAAGGUCUUGGAUACAUUGGAAAAAUUGAAAACAGAAGCUGCUGAAAUUACUCGAAAAGUCGAAGAAACUGACACUAUUAUGCAAGAAGUUGAACAAGUCACAACACAAUACACACCUUUAGCUCAAGCCUGUAGCUCUGUUUUCUUUGUUAUGGAGCAAAUAAACAUUUUACAUCACUUUUAUCAAUUUUCACUUGAAUAUUUCUAUGAAAUAUUCCAAUAUAUCCUUCAUGAAAAUCCAAACCUCAAAUCCGUUACAGAUCGUGAUGAGAGAUUGAAAAUUAUCAUCCGUGAUCUUUUUAAAGUGACCUUCAAGCGCGUAUCUCGAGCUUUGCUACAUGAAGACUAUGUUACAUUCGCAGUUUUACUAUCUCAAAUUAAACUUCGUGGAUCUUCUGACCAAGUUGAUGAAGCUGAAUAUGAUUUCAUGCUAAGCGGAGGCGAUGUCGUACCUGGAUCAAAAGUUACAGCAAGAGAACUAGGAUUACCUGAAAAUGUCUUUGAUACUGAUCAACUUUGUAAAAUAAAAGAAUUCAUGACUCUUGCAUGUUUCUCUAGACUUAACAGGCAUAUUAGUGACAAUAUUGAAGAUUGGGUUAAAUUUAUGAAUGUUGAUUCGCCUGAGAAUAACGUACCUGAAUGUUGGGAUCCUUCAUUACCUCCAACUGUUAUACAAUUACGUAAAAUAUUGAUUAUCAAAUGUUUCCGCCCUGAUAGACUUAUUCCUACAGUAUCCGAAUUUGUGUCUAUUGCAUUCGAGCCAGGUUUUGGCUCUCAAACAGAAUUGGACUUUAAGUCAUUAGUGAUGGAUGAAGUUCUACCUACUACUCCUAUUUCUUUAUGUUCUGUUCCUGGAUAUGACGCAAGUUACCGUGUGGAUAAUCUCGUAUCUGAAGUUGGUGUCAAAUGUACAUCUGUUGCAAUGGGUUCUCAAGAAGGUUUCACAUUGGCAGAUAGUGCUAUUGCAAGCUCAGUUAAGAAUGGAAAUUGGGUUUUAUUGAAAAAUGUUCAUUUAGCUACAUCUUGGUUAGGUCAACUUGAAAAGAAGCUGCAUAGUAUGAAAGCACAUAGAAACUUUAGACUUUUCCUCACCAUGGAGACAAAUCCUAAGGUGCCUGUAAAUUUGUUGCGCUUAUCACGUGUACUUAUGUUCGAGCCUCUACCAGGUAUCAAGGCAAACCUUAUCGACUCGCUUUCGGGUAUCCCUCAAUCACGAUACUCAAAAGGGCCAAGAGAGCGUGUUCGCCUUUACUUUAUGCUUGCAUGGUUGCAUGCUAUUGUGCAAGAACGUCUUCGUUAUGCACCUCUCGGUUGGACCAAGAUUUACGAAUUUAAUGAUUCUGAUCAAGACUUUGCGAUUAACACCAUUGAUGCGUGGUUGAAUUCAGUCGCUCAAAACAGAGAAAACAUUUCCCCAGAUAAAAUUCCAUGGGAGGCACUUCGUACAUUAAUCUGUGUUGCUGGCUACGGUGGCCGUAUCGAUAAUGAAUUCGACAAGCGUCUUCUCGAAUGUUUUGUAAAUGGUUUAUUCUCACCUGCUGCCUAUGAGUUUGAAUUUCCGCUUGUUGAUUCAGAGGACUCGCACAAACUAGUUAUCCCUGAUGGAACAAAAAUGGAAGACUUUAUAAACUGGGUUAAUAAUCUCCCAGAACGCGAGCCACCUAUAUGGCUAGGAUUGCCAAGCAAUGCAGAAAGAGUUUUAGCCACAAGCAAAGGUUACGCAAUGCUUGUGAAAAUUCGAAAAAUGAAAAAUACUUCUGAUGAUGAUGAUGUUGAACUUUCUCAAGAUUCUGAUUCUCAGUCAUCUUCACAACCUGCUUGGAUGCGUGCAUUACAGGCAUCUGUUGAAGGAUGGUUAAGCGUACUCCCAGAAAAGAUUCCAAUGAUGAACCGUACUUCUGAAAGUAUUAAAAAUCCAUUAUUCAGAUUUUUCGAUCGUGAAAACUCAAUCGGACGUAGUCUCCUCAAAAAAAUUCGCCAAGAUCUUGACGACGUCAGCCUAGUUUGCAAAGGUGAACUCAAACAGACGAAUCAUUUGCGUAUGCUAUUGAAUUGUCUUACAAAGGGUAUUAUACCGGAUCACUGGCGAAAAUAUAAAGUCCUUAAAACUGUAUCCAUAAAUCAUUGGAUUGCUGAUUUCAGAAGCAGACUUCAACAACUUGAAAGCAUUACGAAAUUACAUGACUUUUUAGAUUUACAAGUAUGGAUUGGUGGUCUUUUCAUGCCCGAAGCAUUUAUCACGGCCACCCGCCAAGCAGUAGCACAAAAACAUAAAUGGUCUUUAGAAGAAUUGGUAUUAGAAAUUGCUCUCAACAAGAGUGGAGAUCCUGAUUCUUUCGCAUUAACUGGGCUUAAACUUGAAGGUGCUGAAUGGGAUGACAAUCAUGUGGGUCUUUGCGCAAAUCCAACAACCAAAUUAGAUAUUUCUCAAAUUAAAUGGGUUAGAAAGGAGGAAGCUACACCAACUACUGAAACAACUAUAAACCUUCCAGUUUAUCUUAAUGAAGAUCGUUCUGAUUUGCUCUUUAUUGUUAAUAUUGAAGCAAAAGUCACUGAAAAGGUUAAGAUUGCGCAACGUGGAGUAGCCAUUGUUCUCUAA